GUAGGUUGUCGUGAAAAAUGGAGGACGACGCACCGGUUAUAUAUGGGCUUGAGUUUCAGGCCCGCGCUUUGACAGCUCAAACAGCAGAAACAGAUGAGAUACGCUUUCUGGUUGGCACACAGUCACUUAAGUUUGAGAACCAGGUCCAUCAGAUUGAUUUUGAUGAUGAAAAUAAUAUGAUCAAUAAAAAUGUUUUUCUCCACAAAGAGGGUGAAAUUUGGCACAUAAGUGCUUCAUCAACAGACAAGAACAUCUUUGCCACUUGCUACAAUAAAACAUCAGAUGCCAAGGCUGAGAUGGAAGCUGCAUUAUGGCGUAUUCCUGAGUUUGAUGCCAGUCUGGGAGAAGAUAGCUCACCAACCCACAAGGAACUGGAAUUACUUUGUAAGCUAGAUACUACAGACUAUGGAGAAAUGAAAGGUAUAUUAUGGCAUCCAUCAGGAGAAGGUAACACCAUCCUGUCCAUUGUGGACAGUCAUAUCCUGAUGUGGGACUUAGAAACCAGCAGUAGCAGAGCCACACUUUCCAGUUCAAUAGCGUUAGAAGGUAAAGGGCAACCCAAGUUCACAUCGGGCAGAUGGAAUCCUCACCACAACUGUUCUCAGAUUGCCACUUCCAAUGACACUAGUAUACGUGGAUGGGAUCUGAGGAGCAACAAGCAGGUGUAUACAAUAGAGAAUGCUCACAGUCAACUAGUGAGAGAGCUGGACUUUAACCCAAACAAGCAGUAUUACCUUGCUACCUGUGGGGAUGACUGUAAGACAAAGUUCUGGGACAUAAGGAAUUCAAAUGAACCCCUCAAGGUUUUAUCAGAUCAUUCACAUUGGGUCUGGAGUGUGAGGUACAAUCAUUUCCAUGACCAGCUGGUGCUGACCUCUAGUAGUGACAGUCGUGUGGUGCUAACUAAUGCAAUCUCCAUAUCGUCAGAGCCUUAUGGUCAUCUUGUGGAGGAUGAAGAUCUGAGUGAUGGAGAAGAAGAUGACAAAACUAAAGAGAAAAUGGAGGAUGGUACAAUAUCUACAUAUGAGGAGCAUGAGGACAGUGUGUAUGCUGCAGAAUGGUCAACUGCUGACCCCUGGGUAUUUGCUUCACUUAGUUAUGAUGGACGCUUAGUGAUAAACAGGGUGCCCAGGGCUGUCAAGUAUAAGAUAUUAUUAUAAAGUACCCCAGCAGACAUGUGCAUUGAUUUGAGAGAGGAGACAAACAUAAUUCAGGAAUGGGGGAUUUUUUCCAUAUAUGGCAAAUUAUUAUGGUAAAUGUAUGUAAAUAUAUGAUUAUCUCAGUGUAUAAAAAGGGGGAAAACACAAGGAAAAGGACUGGAUGAAUUUUGCCUGUGAAAAAAACUGGUGUGCUUGAUAGAGCAGUCCAAGCAUAUAUUAGGUGUUAACUUGUAUCAGGUGGAGAGAAAUUUGUGAAAAUUAACCAAUAUUGUAAUUGUUAGAUUGAAGUAUGAUUCAAAAGAUCUUAACUCCAUGUACAUUUUCAAUUAUAACUAGCUCAUUAGAAAUUGCAAACUGAAUUUAAUGCUGUAUGAAAGUAAGAAAGAUGAACAUGCAUGUUAUAUAACAUUCCACCUGCAUAUUUAUUGUCUGAUGUCUAAAGUUUAAUGGCAAAAGCAAUGUGCAAUAUAUGUGUGUCAAAUUGCACAUCCAUUUGUGCUAAUAUCUGGUAAAUAUGAGAAAUUAUUGUUUUGAUAUUGUCAGUGAUUAACUUUGGCUCUUAAAAGAUAUUGUUACAUUGAUUUUUAAAAUGUGAUG